AUGUGGGCUCUGAAAAGGUUGAAUCUUGACUUGGCCAAAGCUGCUAACCUGAGAAUGACACAACUCAAUGAGAUGGAAGAAUUCUAUCUCCAUGCGUAUGAGAGUGUAGCCAUGUAUAAGGAGAGAAUGAAGUUUGUUAAUGACAAGAAGAUAUUGAAGAGGGAAUUCAAAUACGGUGACUUGGUCUUACUCUUCAACUCAAGACUCAAGUUAUUUUCUGGAAAACUCAAAACCGAAUGGUCUGGCCCGUUCAAAGUUGUAAAUGUGCCUUAUGGUGCUAUUGAAUUGGAGUCGGAGGACGGAACUCGAUCUUUCAAAGUAAAUGGCCAACGGGUUAAGCAUUACCUUGGCACCACAGGAGAAAAGCACUUGGUAGAACAAGUUGCUCUCAAGGAUAGUCCUACACCAACCACUGAGUAG